AAAAUGUGUGACGACGACUCCACGACGAAGUAUAACCGCAGAGAUCCGAAUUUCGGGACCAAAAUCGUGCACGCCGGACACAACCCUGCAGAGUGGACUUACAAGGAUGUCGUGCCGCCGAUUGCGAUGAGCACGAUAUUUAAUUCGUCGUCGCCAGGAGUAAUCGAAGGUUACGAGUACACGAGAUGCGGCAAUCCCAUCCGAUCGGUCUUGGAAAAAUGUCUGAUCGCACUAGAUCAUGCCAAGUACGCGCUAGCCUACAGCUCCGGGAUGGCGGCCAUCUCGUCUAUGGUGAAUUUGUUGGCGCCCGGCGACCAUAUAUUGUGCAGUUCCGACGUGUACGGUGGCACGUACCGGCUGCUGAAUAUAGUGGCCAAGCAGGCGGGCAUCUUGUUUGACUUUGUCGACUUCUCCGACACGGCGACCAUCGUCACUAAUAUAAAACCCAAUACGAAGCUCGUUUGGUUUGAGAGUCUAUCGAAUCCUUUAAUGAACGUACUAGACGUACAAAAAGUGUCUGAAGUCGUUCACAAGAUUCGAGCAGAUAUCAUAGUGGCUGUUGACAAUUCAUUUGUGACCCCCUAUUUUCAGAGACCGUUGGAUCUUGGCGUUGAUGUGAUAAUGUAUUCGUUGAGUAAAUAUAUGAACGGACAUUCAGACGUAAUUAUGGGGGCACUGGUUACUAACAACAAGGAUUUGUAUGAAAAAUUACAUGUUUUUCAAUACACGUGUGGAAACGUACCUUCAUCGUUUGACUGUUACUUGGUCAACCGCGGGCUGAAGACGCUGCACGUACGCAUGGAACAGCACAUGAAGAACGCCACGGCGGUGGCGGUGUACUUGGAAUCGCAUCCGAAAGUGAUCAGAGUUAACUACAUGGGCUUACCCAGUCAUCGACAACACGAAAUCAUCAAAAAACAGUUUACCGGCCACAACGGCAUAGUAUCGUUCUACAUCAACGGCGGUAUCGAAGUUAGCACUAAGCUAUUGGAAUCGUUGAAGUUGUUCUGCAUUACGUGCAGCCUGGGCUGCUACGAAAGCCUUGCGGCUCUACCUUGUAAAAUGACGCAUACUUCGCUUACGGACGAAGAAAGACAAUCCACGGGCAUUCACGAUAAUCUUAUUCGAUUGUCCAUAGGUUUGGAAUACUACCAGGACUUGAUCGACGACUUAGAACAAGCAAUUCAAGCAAGCGGAGCAAUGGAUAAAUCUUAACGAAUUAAACAUUAAUCUUAAUAAAUAUUUUAUUAUAUUAUAAUAAUUAUAAUUAUAUACCUAUAUAUAUAUAUAUGUUUAUAUUAACCAAUUAACAUUAACGUAAUUUGACACAA